UAUAAACAAUCACGACUUACCAAAUAUGCUAAAAAAACUAUCUAGCAAGUUAUUCAAUCAUCAUAAUGCACGAGUUUUACCCACCAGGAUAUUUGCAAUUAUUGUAAUUAUUGGGCAAACCUGUACACACCCUGGUCCUGUUUGAAUGCCUCUAUAUAGCUGCAUCAAGUGACCACAACUUAGGAUAAGUGCAUAUCCUUAUUUCCAUAUGCAUCAGUACCAAUAAAAUCUGUUGCAAAUAUCCACACUAAUUCAUUUCUUCAUUUGAGUUUGGCAUCAUCAGACGUAAAAAAGAAUGUCAGAACUUCAUCUGGAUUUAUGUCGACAAAGCACGAAACACCUCCACGACACCAUCGAGUCCAUAAAAGACAACUUACGACUGCUGGAAAUUUUCGUAAUUUCUGGCUUAUCUGAGGAUGGGAAGAGCAGUGUGGCGCUGACGAACAAUGACGACUCACAAGACAGCGGGGGAGAAAGACGGCAAGGAAAGGAUGUGACGACCGCAUCAACUUCUGAGGAGAAAGGUCUUCACAAGUUCAACCGUCACAAGCAGUGCUGUUGCAUGUGUCCGGUCAGACUUGGCGGAAGAGGAGUCGUCUGCUGCAACUCGGGUUAUCAUCAUCAUCGUGGGGUUUGCAUUUCACCUACUUCAACGUCCAACAGACGUAGUAGACCAGUAUCGAUGCCACGUUUAAACAGAACAGCAAGUUUGAGACGGGAAACGGCAUUGGAAAGAGCAUCCAGAGUUAGUACCACUACAAGAUGAUUUCGAAUAAAAUGCAACAUUCAUGCACUUUUGAUAAAAUUCUCGUUUGUUCGUGUUCAGCGUGUUCAUUCUCAACUAUGCAUACAUAAUUUGACUCGUGUAAUUUACAAUGUGCAAUAAACAUUUUCUUUUUCAGAGA